GUGGAAAUAGGGGAAGGGGUCAGAUUUAUCCUGAUGGUAGCAAAAGUAACAAUACAGUUUAUAAUGCUACGGCAGGAGGGAUAAUAAGCAAAAUUUUACGAAAAGAAAAAGGGGGAUACGAAAUAACCACAGUGGAUGCAUCGAAUGAACGCCAAGUAAUUGAUAUUAUCCCUCGAGGCCUAGAACUUCUUGUUUCAGAGGGCGAAUCCAUUAAACUCGAUCAACCAUUAACGAGUAAUCCUAAUGUGGGUGGAUUUGGUCAAGGGGAUGCGGAAAUA